AUGCCUCGUAUUUGUAGCAGUCAAAGAAAUAGAAGCAAUGUACCAUCUAACAACAUUGAAGAAUAUUACAAAAAAUCUAUUUUACCGUACUUGGACGAUUUGAUGAUGGCAUUAAAUGAAAGAUUUAUACCUCACAAUGAAACUAUAACUUCAUUACAAUAUGUCUUACCAAGUAUUGUAGUUGAAAAACCAUUUUCUUAUUUAAAAAAAGCUGUUGAAUUUUAUGAAAAUGAUUUACCGGGACUAAAUGACGUUAUAGAAGCAGAGUUCGAAAUUUGGCAAGCUAAGUGA